CCUAUAUAUCAACAGAAGAAGAUGAUGAUACAGGAUGUGAUGAUGGCUCCUGAUAGCACUGACCUCGUUACUUUAUGUGCUUGUAAAGGCAUCCGGCGGUGUCUCAAGUGUGAAAUUUCAAAGGGAAAAGAAGAACUGGAGGCCAAUGAACCAAAGAUCGUGCACCAUUUCCUCUACGAUCCUGAGACGAGGCUUGCUAUUCGCCAAGAUGCCGAGGAGGCUGCGUCCUUCCCCUUCCCUGGUGUCAUCCUGCGGGAGAACUUCAUAUCUGAAGAGGAGGAGAAACAGCUGAUAAGCACGAUGGACCAGGAUGUGUGGAACGAGUCCCAGUCUGGUCGAAGGAAACAGGACUUUGGUCCAAAAGUUAACUUCAAGAGGAGGAAAGUGCGUUUUGGAGGUUUCAGUGGACUUCCUGCUUUGAGCCAAAAACUAGUGCUGCGAAUGCAACAAGAGCCAAGUCUAGCAGACUUUCAACCAGUUGAGCAGUGCAACCUGGACUACCAUCCUCAGCGAGGCUCCGCCAUCGACCCACACCUAGACGACUCCUGGCUGUGGGGGGAACGCCUGGUCACCAUCAACAUGCUAUCAAACACUACGCUCACUAUGUCCCUUGAACAGGGCCUACCAGAGCUGGGACUAGCAGAGGAAAUCCACGUAGCGGUGCGUCUUCCUCGCAGAUCUUUAGUUGUGUUAUACGGCGAGGCACGGCACAGAUGGAAACACGCCAUUCACAGGGACGACGUUCAGGAGCGCAGAGUUUGCAGCACCUACAGAGAGCUGUCUGCAGAGUUCCUACCUGGAGGGCAGCAGACAGAGCUGGGAAAUCAACUGUUGAACAUUUCUUUGAGCUUCCAAGGAACUCCGAUAUGAUGCAGAGGAAGACGGUACUACCAGACGGGUGGAGGUCCAGACUCCUCAGAUGACAUAAAUUAUCUAUCAAAUAGAAUUAUAUAAAUGUAGUUAUUACAUGACGUUUCUUCCAAAGAUUCAGACCUAUUGUCCUUCACAAAUGCAGAUGUUGUUGUUGUUCAUUACACAGCUUUGAUGAAUACUCGAUUCUGAUUGGUCAAUAAC